AUGGCAGCAGGUAGUAAUGGAAAGGUGGUGGAAGCCAAACAAAAUGGUUUAAAUGGCCACACCAAAGUGGUUCCCACUUCGCCGGCAGCAAAGAGCGAAAAGAAGAUCAAGAAGAAGAGAUCCGGAUUCUUCAGUUUCGCUACUAUUACACGGAUCUUAACAUGGUACUCGAUAAUUACAAUCUUCCUACGAUGUCCUGCGAACCUCGACCUCGUUACAGAUACCUCUCCUCAAAUCUGCAAACCUUAUUUUCAACUACGAUCUGUAUUGGUGCCUCAUUUCGAACCAUAUUACAACUCAUAUGCCGCACCAUAUGUGAAUGCUGCAAAGCCGUAUUAUCAUUCCGUUGACCAGAAAAUCAUUGCACCUGUAACUGCUCUUGGUAUGAAAUAUGGUGCACCAAGAGUGGCACAGGUACAAGCAUAUGGUAAAGCUCAAUGGGACAAGACCUUGCAACCAGAGGUAUCCAAAUAUCAGAGUCUUGCGAAGGCCAAAUACGAUCAAACAUUGGCUCCACAUUGGAAUAAAGUCACUGCUGCGAGUGGACCAUACUUUGAUCUGGCCAAAACAAAUGCUGCGCAAACAUAUCAUGAACACAUCGUUCCAACUUUCAAUAUUGUACAGCCAUAUGCCAUUCAGGGCUAUGGGUACGCAAAUGAUUUCGUUGUAGGCACUGGAGUUCCAUAUACAAAGUGGGCCUUGACUUCGACCGGGGUAUUUUUGGAUAGAAAGGUCUGGCCCAAAUUGAGGAUCUUGUAUGGCGAGAACGUAGAACCACAGUUAGUACGAAUUGGUGAGAGACUAGGUAGAUAUAGGGAUGGCAAAAAAUUGCAGGCUGUGGUUGACAGCAUUGAUUCUUCCUCGUCUGCUUCCUUUGCCUCUUCCACAUUUUCAUCAAUAUCCUCGUCCGUCUCAUCCGCGCACGCUACAAGUGCAUCCUCGACCUCCAUUUCUUUAUCCGUUUCUACUUCCUCUACCAAAUCACCAGAAAAGACCCCUUUAAGUGAAGAUGAGAUCAGAGAAAAUGCUCGAAACGUCGUUGCAAAAGAUUUAACAACCUGGCAAGAAAAGUUCUCCAAGGCGGCAGAUGAAGGUUCUGACGAAAUCGAUGAGCGAGUGAUAGAGAUCACUGAGAGAUUGGUUCAAAAUCAAGCCAAGAAAGUAGGAUCUGCACUACUCAUCGAAUUGGAGGAGGCUAUUAAGUCGAAUCUCGAGUCGCUCAAGUCUACAAUAGUUUCAAUCGUCAACGCCAAGAAAGAUCCCGAAGAAUCUGAAGAAUCGCUCAACACUGCUGUCCGAAAAGCAGGAGUUGCAAUCAAGGAAAAGGCUCAAGCCGUCCGAACUUGGCGACAAAGCUUUGACGCGGAGACGAAUUCACUUAUUGGGAAAUCGGUCAAAGAUACGUUUGAUAUCAUUGAUCAUAUAAGGGACCUGGGUUUGCAAGAAAUCGGAAUGCGAUGGGCCUGGACCGAUGGAAUUACUCAUAAAGAUUGGACCAAAUAUCAUGCGUUGAAGAGUAAAUUUGAAGAAUGGCGACUUGAUGUUGAAAAAGUCGUCACUGAUCAUCCAGGUCUUGCGAAAGCUCGAGCAGCCUCGGAAGACGUGGAGAGUAAAGCAAUGGGUCUUGCUGGAGAUGCAGCAGCUGAAUUAUCUCGUAUUAAAGAGACUGGUAAAUGGAAGAUAUCGACCGGCGAUUCCAGUGAGGAUUUCAGCACCAAAUAUGUGCCGCCCGCAGUUGAAGUCGCUGGCCAAAAGGUCAUGGAAAAGAUCAGUGAGGCCACUGAUGCUAUGGCCGGUACCACACAAGGAACUCUAGAAUCUGUCUCGUCAGUCGCUAAUCAGGCGGCUUCAUCCAUCUCUUCUGGUGUCAUUGGCACACCUCAAGGAAGUAUUGAAAGUGCUAGCUCUGUUGUGGGUGAAAAAAUUGGUAGUAUUUCGCAACAGGUAUCAUCAUCUAUAAUUGGUGAGCAACCGGGAGUUGUUAGCCAGGCUUCAAGCAGUGUCCAGUCUGCAGGCUCUGCUAUUUCUAGUUCUGCGUCCAGUCUUUCCGAUGCCGCAAGUUCAUCAAUAUCAUCCAUCAGCAGCGUAAUUUCCGACGAAGCUUCAACGGUAUCCAAAUCUCUCGAGUCCGCAUCAUCUUCUAUUGCCAGUUCUUUAUCAAAGAGUGCAACCGACGCUACCAGUUCCCUAAGCUCAUCUGCAUCGGUCGCGUCAAGUACAGCAUCCAGGAAAGUUUGGGGUGGAGCAAUAGCUGCUCACGUUGAGGCACGACAAAUUAUUUUUGAUGAUGUCAUUGAUGAUUCUGACGAGGAAACUUACAGUGAGAAGAUACAAAGUAUGGCAAGCGUGGCUGGGGAUCAAUUCAGUGACAUGACAAGAGCAGUCAGCGAAGCAUUGUUGAGACCAACUAGUACACAAGGAUCUGUGGAGAGUGUAACCAAGCUUGCUGCUGAGCAAUAUUCUAGUGCUUUGUCUGCUGCGAGUUCGGUUCUAUAUUCAACGCAACAAGGGACUGGUGAAAGUGUUGCUAGUAUUGCCACAAGUCGAUAUGCUGAUGCCAUUGCUGCGGCAAGCUCCAUCAUCUAUGGCACACCUGCACCAAAGCUGGAUUCCGCCGCAAGUUCGGCUAAGUCUGUCUACAGCGACGCAUUGUCAAGGGCAUCAGAUCACUACUUACAAGCAAAAUCUGUUGUCUCAGCUCAAGUUUCGGGAUCUGCAAAGCCGGUUCACCAGGAAAUGUUUAGUUCUGUUGAAUCUGCUUACACCGAUGCCGUUAAUGCAGCUAGUUCCAGACUUCAAGUUGCACUUUCUGGCGUAUCAACCGCUGUGUAUGGCGCUCCUACCGGCGCCAUAGAAUCAAUACAAUCAGUAGCCGCAUCAAGACUCUCAGAGGGCCUCAAAGCUGCUUCCUCUCAAUACGAUGCUGCCAAGAAACACAUUGGCCCCGCACCUACCCCAGCUGCUCAACAACUACUCUCCCAAGCUCAAAAUCAAUACUACGCCGGUAUCGGUCUAGCUCAUGUCAGAUAUUCCGAGUUUCUUGAGGCGGCAUCUUCAGCUGUCAUGCCAACUCAGAGACCAUUUCACGUGAGUAUUUAUGAUAAAGCCAGCGCCAGUAUUAUCGGGACUUCUACACCAGCAUACGAAGCAGCUCUAUCUCAAGCUUCAAAAGAGUACUCUAGUGCUGUCGCAAAGGCCCAAGCAGGACUUGAUAAAGUCAUUGAAGGACUAUCCAAUGUUGCUAGUGAUGCUGUACCCGCUGCAAAGUUUACUGAUCUUGCGUCGUCUCGUUUUGCUAAGGCAUCAUCUCAAGCUUCUGCGAGCUACGCUAGUCUUUCUUCCGAAAUAUCUCAAAAAAUGAAUGCUGUCACUUCUAGCAGCACAACACCACUUCCUGAAUCUCUUGCGUCUGUCGCUAGCGAAAAUUGGGAAGCUCUCAUCACGAAAGCUAGUCAUCAAGUCUAUGGAUCCCCCACACCAUAUUUUGUUACAGGCAAUUUCCUCUCGAAUGUACAACAAUAUGCUGCACAAGCUACAGACGGUGCAGCGUCUCAAUAUUCGGCUGUGCAAUCGCUUAUCAAUGAGCUCGUGGUUGGAAAAGAACCCGAUUUCACCGAAAGCGUCUACAGUCGAUUGAGCUCCGCUUACUAUACGGGUGCAGGUGACGCUGUUUCUUCGGCGUCAUCUUAUGCAAGUCAAGCUUACGCAUCGGCUAGUUCCGUCGCAAACUCGAUCUUCACCCCUCCUCCUGCAAUCGAGAAAAUUCUUGAUGCUGCUUCCCUUCACCUCAACGAGGCUGUUGAAGCUGCUAGUGCUCAGUACUAUGGUACCGAAAAGGGUGCUUAUGAAAAGGCUACCGAGGCAGCUGCUUCUGCUUCUGCUUCUGCCUCUAGCGCUGCGAGCGAGGGCAUAUAUGGUACACAAUCAGGAUAUGCAGAUCAAGCUCAACUUUCGAUUUCAAACGCCGCUGCCUCCGCCCAAAAGGCGAUUUCAGAAGCAAUCUACGGAACACCCACUGGCACUUAUGAGUCAGCAACUCAGGUUAUAGCAGAGAACUUUUCUUCUGCAACUUCUGCGGCUGCAGAAUCCUAUUCAGCUGCGCAAGCUAAAGUUUCGGAAGCCAUCUAUGGCCAUGAACAAGGAGCUGUGGAGAGUGCGCAAUCAAGAUUAAAUGCAGCAGUUGAGUCAGCACGAGCUAAGCUAACAGAGUUCGCAUCAUCGGUUGGAGAAGGUGGAAAUGAAGCUCUCAGUAAAGCGAGUGAGGGUGUUGAGCAAAUGGCUAGUAGUGUGGGGAGUGUCGUUGGAGAGGCCACCCAAGCUGUUGGUGGAAAAAAAGACGAAUUGUGA